AUGUCCAAACCCAAUGGCGUCUUCCAAUACUCCCUGCGAUCGGCAUACAAUGCUGGACUGAAAGAUGGAGGUCCUCCAGUCUCCUUCAUUGCCAGCCAAGGAACGCACGGUAUUGGCUGCUUUGAAGAGGAGGAAGAGAGCGAAAUGGUGCAGAUUGACGGGAAGAUAUACACCAUCGACAAGGACGGGGAUGCCGAAGAAGCAGACGAGGACGAUACAUUGCCCUUUGUCAUGUCGACCCAUUUCCAAGCCAAGUCAAGAGUCAAAGCGCCGCCGAACACCACAAGCAAGAAACUGAAAGAGUUGUUUGAGAGUGCGAAGAAUACACCGACUGCAUUUAAGUUGACUGGGCAGUUCAAGUACAUCAAUAGCCGGCAGAAGACUUUCUGGGAUGUCAAAGGCACAAUCUUCGGCUUCUCCGUGCCAGCGUGGCAGGCAUCGAUGAGUGGAGAGGGCCUGCAGUGUUGUUUCCUCAGCGCGAGCAGAGAGCAAGGUGGCACUGUCGUGGACUUUGAGACGGCGGAUUGUGUGCUCGAAUCAACAAAGUGCGGCAGAUUUCACCUCACGUUCCCCCAAGACGACGAGUUUGAUGAGAUGCGACUCUGA